GGAAGCCAGCGGGAGAUCUCCGUGCACAAUGAGCUCGGUACCGGAGCCCAGCGCCCUGCACACUGUCUUAGAGCACGUCUCGGAAAUCGAGACGCAGCUGAGGCAUGAAAACUCUGGAAUCUGCGGCGAGGUUUCCCGGCACCUGGGGGCCGUCGCGGACGCCGUCAAAGAAUUGGAACAUGUUAGGAGGGCGACACGCGAUCUUCUGGAAAUGGAGACGAUAGAAACCAGCAAAUUACGGUAUAAAGCGUCGCGUCUCCCGACGAUCAUCACAGCGGAGAUAGAAGCCGCAGUUUCCCGCGCCCGGUCGGCCUGUCGGUCCGAGAUGUUGGAACUACAGAGUGACCUGCAGAACAUAGCAACGAAUCUGGAACAUACGGCGAGGAGGCAAACGGAACUCGAGGAACUAAACGCGUCCCUGAGACUGCAUGAAAAGACGUCGCGGGAUGAAUACCAGCAGAACGUGGAUUUACUAAACCGGCAGAUGGCAGAAAAGGCAGAUAAAACCAUCGCGGUCAAUGAGACUCACGGCCGGCGGAAAGACGCCCUGGAAGCGGCGAUAGAACUAGAAGCCAGGAUGAAGGACCUGGCCGAGGAUCUGGUCUCGGAAAGACAGCAGUUCACCGAGGAGAAGAGGAAGCUGAUGGAGCAGAUCAAGCAGACAAAGGAGAAGACCGAGGAACAGGAGAAACGAAACAUAGAAAGCAAGAAAUGCUUAAGUCGGACAAAAUCAGUGUUCUAUGAUACUGAACAGAAACUCAACAGAGUAAAAGAGGACAUUGUGUGUGUGAAGGACAGUGUCUUGAUGUUGGAAGCCUCCCAUGGACGUCUGACCGAUAAGCUGGACACACAGAGGAACUCAUUUGUGGAGCUGUCAGGAAAGAAAAAUAACCUUGAACUGGAAAUGGCGAAUGUGAAAGCUGAUUUUCUGAAAGAAAGCAGUUCUUUAAAUGAGAGGAUAUCGCAGCUGGAUGAAGAAAUGGCGUCUGCUCAAAAUGCGUAUCAAACUCUGAUAGAAACUAACAAACAGUAUUGGGAGGAGUAUCAAGCAGCAAAGAAAGAAGAAGAAAAGGAACAUGCGAGAAAAAAGGACACUGCGACACAGCUUGAAAUAUCCCGAGCGGAUCUCAAUGACAAGAUGGAGAUUUACGGGAAGCUGAAGACGGAGUUAAAAGACAUGGAGCGCAAAUCUGCGAAACUUACAGAAAUUAGCAGAAAUAAUAUAGAAAACCUCGUCCGUCAGGCAGAAGAACUUAAGGCGAACCUUGAAACGGAAAAGCAAAAAAGAAUUGAAAUUCAAAUUAAAAACCAGGAUCUGUUGAAGGAAGUUGAACUCUGGAAGCUGACCGAGGAGACCUUCAUGAGCGAAACCAAGCAGAGAAUAGAGAGCGGCCAGAAACUGCAGGACUCCCUGCUAGCGGAGGACGGUCUCCUCCAGAGAGAAAUCAAACAGUGGGACGAGCAGAUUUACAUCUUACGAGAGGAGAAUGUAAAAAAGAAUGAAGAGUGUUCCAGUCUGGAAGAAAGUCUCUCGAAAGAGCUAGAGAAGCUUCAGGAAGAACUCGGUGUUUUAGAUGGAACUCUACAAGCUGAACGCGAAAAACUUGCGGUAAAAAUUCCCGUUCUGACAGAAGCCGAGGAGGCAAAUGACAAAGAACAGCAGAAAUACGAGGACUUGAAAAAGGAAGCGGGACUACUUAAAAGCAUAAAGAAAUCACUAGAAGUGUCAAUCAACAAAAUUAAGAAGGAUAUUGAAACCUACUCAAGCAUAAAGGAAUCCAAAAAGUCUUCGUUGAAAGACCUCCGAAAAUCAUCGUUUGAGAAACUGCAAAAGGAACUGGAAACCAUAACCACGACGGAGAAAGACAUCUACGAGGUGAACCGAAAGCUGGAACUUGUUAUCAUGGAGAAUUGCCGGCUGAAAUUACGUAAUACACAACUGAAAGAAGACAUCGAUAAAGCAACAGAAGGAGCAAAGAAACACAAAGCAGCUGAGAAAAGAAUGCGAGGAGAGUUGGCUGCCCUCGUCGAAAGCAUAGAAGAAGGCUGGGAGAACGACGCGUUUGUUUCCAACGAUUUUUGCGAGCGAGAUGAGGAGAUUCUGGACGCCAUCGUAGAGCUUAUUAAAAAACUUACCCUACGAGAGGAGAAGAUCGGGCAUCUGAACAGGAAUCUGCAGGCGCAAUUCAUGGGAUUGGCUUCGCUGUUGGAAAGCAAAGCAGGAAAAGGAAAAGUGUUUUCGCAUUAAGCAGAAAGAGACGUUAUGAAUCAUUAUCAAUAUGUA